AGCGCAUGAUCGUUUUCGUAGGGAAGAAGGAAGUUGUUGUCACGGUGAUGGAGAAGUAAGGAACUUAGUAGAUAGAGGGAGAAUUGCGAAGCAUAACAUAACAUAACGUGUAUUAUUGCCUCGCUGGAAACUCUAUCAUUCGGUUUUGACUCUCUUUCUUUAUUUUGAUUCCAUCUCUAAUUUUUUCUUUCUCCCUCUUCGCUCUUUCUUUCUUUCUUUCUUUCUUUCGCACACAACAAUGUCUUACGCAUACCUUUUCAAAUACAUCAUCAUCGGCGAUACUGGAGUUGGAAAGUCAUGUCUUCUACUUCAGUUCACCGACAAGCGCUUUCAACCUGUUCAUGACUUGACGAUCGGUGUUGAAUUUGGUGCCCGGAUGAUCACGAUUGAUAAUAAGCCAAUCAAGUUGCAAAUAUGGGAUACUGCGGGUCAAGAAUCCUUCAGAUCUAUCACAAGGUCAUAUUACAGAGGAGCUGCAGGUGCACUGCUUGUUUAUGAUAUAACCAGGAGGGAGACAUUUAAUCACUUAGCUAGCUGGUUGGAAGAUGCAAGGCAGCAUGCAAAUGCAAAUAUGACAAUUAUGCUGAUUGGCAACAAGUGUGAUCUUGCUCACAGACGGGCUGUAAGCACGGAAGAAGGUGAACAGUUUGCAAAGGAGAACGGGUUGAUCUUUAUGGAGGCCUCAGCAAAAACUGCUCAGAAUGUUGAAGAGGCAUUCAUAAAAACAGCUGGAACCAUAUACAAAAAGAUUCAAGAUGGAGUUUUUGAUGUAUCAAAUGAGUCUUAUGGAAUAAAAGUAGGAUAUGGUGGAAUUCCUGGACCAUCUGGAGGUAGGGAUGGCCCUUCUGCUGCAGGUGGAGGCUGCUGCAGUUAGUUGAAGUGAAACAUAUUGCAACCUACUUGCUUCAAUGUAGUUCUUUCUGUCUUCUCUUCUGGGUUUGGAAAUAUGAAAGUAUAUACAUUCUACGUGCGUUGAUAAAAUCAGAUAAUUGUAUAAUGCUUUCUUUUUAAUCUUGACUUUGUAUCUUUCACUGAAACUCGCUAUUUGUUUAUAUUUUUGUGCAUAAUUAAUUGAUCUGUUGUUUCAUUCUUCUCA